UUUUGUGGCAACGCAGCCAAAUCUAGUUCACUAUAAAAUCUGCACUGACCGGGGACAGCAGAGCAGCAGAGCAGAAUUGUAAUCUGAAGCAUCUAAGAAACAUUAAUAGUGGACACAGAACAUCAUGGAGACCCCUUUUACAAGUCAGCAAACCUACGUAGAUGAAUUUAAAGCUUCAGAUUACUUCAAAACGUACUAUGUAGCAGACGGAGCAGUUGCAAAUGAAGAAUGGGCAGAUUUUGCCUUGCGGACCCUGCACGAAACAUUCACUAAAGGUGGAGUAAAAGGAGACACGAUGAUAGAUUUUGGUUCCGGACCCGCCAUUUAUCAACUUCUCUCAGCUUGUGAAGUAUUUGAUAAAAUCAUUUCUUCUGAUUACCUUGAACAAAACCGUGCUGAAUUGCAAAAGUGGCUGAAGAAGGAUCCCAGUGCUUUCGACUGGACCCCAAUCAUAAAACUUGUGUGUGAACUUGAAGGAAACAGGGAGAAUUAUGAGAAAAAAGCUGAAAAACUCCGCAGUAAAGUGAAAGAAGUCCUGAAAUGUGAUGCCUUGAAAAGAAAUCCUUUUGAUCCCAUUGUCCUGCAACCUGCUGACUGCCUCCUUACUUGUCUCUGCCUUGAAGCUCCUUGUGAAGACAUUAAGUCUUAUUGCAAUGUUCUGAAAAAUUUCAAGGAUCUGAUUAAACCUGGAGGUCACUUAGUGAUCUUGAGUGUGCUAGAUGCUACAUUUUACUAUGUUGGUGAUAAAUAUUUUUCCAGUAUGACCACAAGAAAGGAGGAGCUAGAGCAGGCUUUAAAAGAGGCAGGAUAUGAAAUUGAAAAAGCUGUCUAUACUUCUCGUAAAGACAGAUCAGACAUGGAUGUUGCUGAUUAUCAAGGCUUCUACUAUAUUCAUGCCCGAAAACCAAAGUAAGGUGAACUACCCUGGCAUCAUUAGGUGUCCUUGAUCUAUAUCCACAUAUAAUCUACAUAUAUAGUACUUUAGGUGUGUUCUAGACAUAGAGUGGGAACUUUAUUAAAGAGAAUAUGUCACGUCAUUUUCACCUAUAUAACAGCAUUGCCCCACAGAAGAUUACAAACACAUUCCACGUCCCUGUGUGAACUUUGUGUCUUUAUUCCAUGUCCAGAAAAAGUGCUUUUAUUCUGCUGCAAAACAGCUCCCAAGUGCCC